AUGUCCUACCCCGCACGCUUCCCCGCCGACUCUCCCUCUAUAACCGUCACGAACCCCUCGCCCUCGACAUGGGUCAUUGAGAUGCACAACGGCGCGGACAACCGCAUGACGGAGAAGUUCAUCACCCACGGCCUUCUCCCUGCCCUGGACACCGUCGAGCGGCACUGGCGCGAGAACUGGCGGGCGGGCGUCGCGAAGAAACAGCCGGAGAUGUGCCAUGGCGCGUUGAUGAUUGUGGGGAACCGGAAGCAGGACAAGUUCUUCAGUAACGGGCUUGACUGGGACAACUUGAUCAAGGAUCCGAAUUUCACUGUGAACUUCUUCCCCCUGGUCUUCAACCCCUUGAUGGUCCGGCUAAUGACGUUCCCUAUCCCGGUCAUCGCGGUGGUCAACGGCCACGGCUUCGCAGGCGGGAUGGGCAUGGCAAUGGCCUGCGACUACCGGGUCAUGUUCGACGGCAGCAAGCGCAACUCCUGGCUCUCCAUGAACGAGAUCCACUUCGGCGCACAGAUCCCCACGGGGCUCAUGGCGGUGCUACAGGAGAAAGCCCCGAGCCCGAACGUGUACCGCAAGAUCGUGCUCGAGGGUCACCGGUUCACGCCGAAGGAGGCGCUCGGGCUCGGGCUCGUUGACAAGACGUCGGCCGCGGCGGACACGGAGACGCUGCUAGCCGAGGCGGGGGCUCUGGCGAGCACACUGGCGCCGCUGGCGAAGAGCGGUGCGUGGGGGGUGAACAAGCGGGAGAUGUACAGGACGGCGAUUCGGGCGAUCGGGCGCGACACUUUGCCGACGAGCGUGCGGUCGGAAGAUGCGGCAGCGAAGGCGCGUCUGUGA